AUGUUAUUCCCCCUCCUUCCCCUCCUUAUUACCCUCGCCUGUGCCCUCCCGACGGUGACUGUUGGUGGUGCAGCCCUCAAGCCUUACCAACUCCGCGGCGUGCAAUCGCCAAUCUUCCAUCUGUAUCUCCAAUCACUUCCAACUGCCAAGAGGACACCUGUAAUGGGCCCGGAAGCCACCAGUGAAUACUUCACCAUCGGUUCUAGCAUCCAAUCCCUAAAUUCCUCUUUGUUUCUGAACAUUGGUCCGGGUACUGGGAAGAGUUACUUGCCCUUGAGUCUGGAUACGAUUAGGAAUACGACAGCUUGGGGCUUGGAGGGUGAUACCGUAAUUACUACUGCGGCAAGUUCUUAUGGAAGACGUAAGUUGACCAUUCUGAGGAGCUGUGAGUUCUCGGACAGAGGAUCGAGGCUGAUGGAUCGAAUAGAAUUGAACUUCUUGGCGUGCAAUUCCGCCACGACCGGAUACUAUACACUCUAUCUGCAAAAGGGAAGUGAUACGCCCAGUGGACAGACUUGCAGCAACUAUCAGACAAUACAUACGCCUUGUCUAUGUUAG